AUGUCGUUCUUCUCGCGAGUCUUCCGAAGCAAGGACUCCAAUGCGACGAAGAAACAGGCAAAGCCCACCGCAGCUGUAGAUUUGGGCCCUGCAAAGCCCAAAUGGACCGAUGCGUGGCAGCGGACAGAUGUCGCGCCGGAGGAAGUGCAAGACCUCGUACGAGGUUGCGUGCAUGAACUAAAGGCUCGAGCCCUCGACACCCCGUUCCUUCUCCUGCCAUUCCGUCCCAGCUCCGAUCCGAGUGCGGCUCGCACGUUCAUUCGCAAUUACUUCAACCAGUCGUUCGAGAAGGGUUCGCCUGUUAGCGGCGAUGACUUGGCACAGGAGCUUCGGCUCACGGAGCCCAUGGUUCUGUGCAGUGUGAUGAAAUGGUGCUGGAGCAGGCUUCCCGGCGGAGUUGUCACUUGGGAGGCAUAUGAACUCUUCAAGGUUGGCGAACAAGAUUCGGAUAUGGCCCGCGAUGCUUUCUCGACUUUCAUCCCCAUCAGUGUCGACUCGGAUGCGCGCACCAAGAUCAUCUUCGACUUCUUCGAUCUUUUAGCUGCCAUUGCUGCUCACGGAAAGUCCAAUGGCUUGGGAGGUCGCAAGCUGUCUCGUUACGCUGGAUGGUGGGCGUUCGAGCAUGUCGACACGGGCAAUGGAUUCGAAGCUGCUUACAAGAACUGGGCCGCGGCUGCUGAUGCUACAAGUCACCUAUUCUUCGCCUACCUUCGUUCGCUCUCCCCGGAUGUGCCUCGCGGCGUGACCGGCAUCUCUUCGCUCCCUAUCUCUCUCCAAUCCCUCGUCGAAGCUACCGAAUACCCCCCAGAGACACCUACCUUGUUGCAGGUCACAACCACAAAGGUGGUGAUGAUUGUCGAGAAUGUUUCCCCGACACCAUUCUCUCUGCUGCGACGCGCAAAGAACUUUGAAUACCGCGACGAUGACUGGCACCUGCAGGAAUUCGCAAACUACGAGGACCCUAUCCGCGCAUUGACCGACGAGUGUCUCCGUGUUCUGAAGUGUAUCUCGUCUGCGAACGAAUCCAGUGUCUCCAGCUCCAAGCAGUCGACCAGUCUGCGCGACGCAUCCUGGUCUCGUUUCGAGGAUAUUGGAUUUGGUGGAUCGAUCGAGUCUGACGGAGACGAGGAGGAAACUAAGGAGAACCGCGCACCCGCUACUGCCAAGAGUGCAGCUACCUCAAUGAACACCGUUCCUAAGUCUGGAGCAGGUGAUCUUGGCCGUCCUACCACUCCUUCGUGGGCCGACUUUAUGUCCUCUGGAUUUGCGGAUGAGAACGGCAACCUCAAGAACAAUGUGGCCCCCCUGCUCUUGCCUCCUGAUAAGCAGCUGCCUCCAAUUGCUGCUGUUCGUGGCCAGAGCUCUCAAUCCCACAAGCGCAGCUUGGACAUUGAGCCCGAUCUUGAGCCCGCUGAAUUGGCCAGUAUCAAUACCCUGGAUCUGGACGACUCUUUCUGGUGGGUGUGGAUCAGCAGUCUGUCUGGCGAUGAGCCCUCGGCCCGUAAGGCAGUAUUCGGCCGAUGUGCCCUUCUCGAGACCGUCAUCCGCAACACCAAAUGGUUGAUCCUCGAGGAGCAGGUGAAGGGCGCUGCCCCCGAGCCUGAAGCUGGUGCGCAGAUUGUCGAAAAGAAGCGAUUCUUCAGCUUCGGCAGCCGCAAGGGAAAGCUCAACCGACGCAAGUCAUCUGCCAAGAAGGUCUCUUCCAUUGAGGACUCUUACAAGCGAUCUAACAACCAAGCCCCUCAGAGCAAGACCAGCAUUGGUCCUGAUCAGCACAAGCGCAUUCAAGCAGCUGCGGCCGCUCUUCAAAAAAAGCACCGUGAACAGGAGGCAGAGGCGAACCAGAACCCUGCCAACGCCGUUAACAAUCGUUAUUCAACUAAGACUAACUCGGUCAUGACGCUCCAGCCGGGCAUUAUGAACGAGGCUUCCCAGGCCAUGAAGUGGACUACCAACUACGAUAAGGGUGCCUUCAGAGCGGCAUACCUCAGUAACACCCACGCUGGUACCGGCGCCCAGGAUGAAAUUGACCCUCCCACUGAGCCUGCUACCCCUGAAGCUCCCGUUGAGAAGCCUAGCACUCUUGCUCCUGUAGAGAGCACUACCAAGGAUGCACCAGCACCACCUCCCAAAGACACAGCUGCACCUGUUGCCACCCCUCUUCCUCCAUCCCCUGAGCCAGCCAAGAAGACUGUCAAGGUCACCAGCCCCGAAGAGGAAACGGCUAACGCAACGCCCGCUGUCGCUGAAAAGCCCGUCGAAGCCAAGGAGUCAUCAGAGGAUUCAAGCAAGAAGAUAAAGAAGAAGACCGGCAACUCUGGCUUCAAGAGCAUGUUCACUGCCAAGAAAAAGGCCGACCAACCUCCUAUGAAGGACACUGGUGCGACCUCAGCCGUGGCAGCAGCCCGUGCAGCCCUCGAAGCCAAGACCAAGGCAGCCCAGGAAACACCUGUGGUGAAGAAGCCCCUCCCAAAGGAAGCUGCCGUCGUGGUCGAGCCCGUAGCGGCUGAGUCCAAGCCCUCAACUCCCCAUCAUGUCGAGGAAGCUAAGGCGGAAUCUGUGGUUGAGCCGCCGACCCCUACCCGACCUUCCAUCUCCCAGGAUGGGAACGGUGCGCCGCCAAAGACCAGACGUGCUGUCGAAUACGAUGCCCUGUCUCGCGUUGGCACCCACGAACGCGCUGCCGCCGACCAAGAGUUCUCCAAGUUCGACCAGGGCCCUCUUCUUGACCAGCCUGCCUUUGUCCCGCAGUCACCUGUGUCGCAUGAGCAUCCCACCCACGCAGAAGAGAAGACCGAGCUCCCCCAGGCCCCGUCCAAUGGCCACACCACCAGACCUGAGACUAGUACUUCGUCUGAAGCCGCUCACCCCGAACAGGACCGGUGGAGGUCGAUCCGUGAGGCUGCUGCCCAGCGGGCUGCCGCUGCUCAGGAAGAGCAGGAGCAGGAGCAAGAACAGCAGACUGAGACUACGACCCGGACUAGUCAGUCAGAGCGUACUGACGAGGGAGAUACUAGCGGAGAAGAGACCAUCGAGUCCCGUGUCGCCCGCAUCAAGGCCCGUGUGGCUGAGUUGACCGGAGGCAACAUGGAGGUCGAGCAGCAGCGCUCUUAG